AAGGAAACACGUGUUAUUCGCUCUCUUCUACGGCAAAGAUGCUUUUCCACGGCUUGCCCGGGGGCGAGAUGCAUGGCGUUAUGGGAGCAGUGGAGCAGAGAGGAAAAGGCGAUUCGGCAACUAUCAGCUCGGCCAUAGAUAUGGGGGAAACAGAGACGAGCGUGCCUCCGAUGAGCGGAGACCGUGUAGCCCUGUGCGCGGGUUGCGGCGGGAAGAUCUCGGACCGUUACUACCUUCUCGCGGUGGACAAGCAGUGGCACAUGCGUUGUCUGAAGUGUUGCGAGUGCAAACUCAACCUGGAGUCGGAGCUCACCUGCUUCAGCAAGGACGGAAGCAUCUACUGCAAGGAGGACUAUUACAGAAGGUUUUCGGUUCAGAGAUGCGCCCGGUGCCACCUCGGGAUCUCGGCCUCGGAAAUGGUCAUGCGGGCGCGGGAUUUGGUGUACCACUUGAACUGUUUCACCUGCACGACUUGCAACAAAAUGCUGACGACUGGGGACCACUUCGGAAUGAAAGACAAUGUUGUGUACUGCCGGCUACACUUUGAAACGCUGAUCCAGGGGGACUACCCAGCACAUUUCAAUCACGCGGAUGUAGCGCCUAACAAAGGACUGGGCACCGCAGGCCCUCUUGGACUGUCUUACUACAACGGCGUGAGCACCGUGCAAAAGGGCCGGCCUAGGAAACGGAAAAGCCCUGGGCCCGGAGCGGAUCUGGCAGCAUACAAUGCAGCACUGAGCUGCAAUGAAAAUGACGGGGAUCCCAUGGACAGAGACUCUCAGUACAACUCCGGCCAGAAGACAAAACGUAUGAGGACGUCCUUCAAGCACCACCAGCUGAGAACCAUGAAGUCCUAUUUUGCCAUCAACCACAACCCCGACGCCAAGGACUUGAAACAGCUGGCCCAGAAAACAGGUCUUACCAAGCGUGUACUUCAGGUCUGGUUCCAGAACGCCAGGGCAAAGUUCCGGCGGAACCUCCUGCGCCAGGAGAACAGCGGCGUGGACAAGACCUCGGACGGCUCGGCCCUGGCCGGCGGAACGCCCUCGGGGCCCGCUUCCGAGAUCUCCAACACCUCCAUGAGUCCGUCCAGCACGCCCACGACGCUGACGGACCUUACCAAUCCCACCAUGCCCACCGUCACCUCCGUACUGACCUCUGUGCCUGGCAGCCUGGACGUCCACGAGUGCCGGAGCCCCUCCCAGACCACACUUACCAGCCUCUUCUGA